AUGUCGGUAAGUUUUGAGGAGCCGGCGCCUCCGCCGCCGCCGCCGCCCCCUCCGCCCCCGCCGCCCGUCACGCCCCCGCCGCCUGCCAAGACAGACACCAUCAAAUCGACCAAGUCCACGAAGUCCACUGGCAGCGAGCUGCAGGACGAGCUGAAGGUCGUCCUGCCACAGAUUCAACAGCGGAAACUUGAUUUUAAAAAAACUCCCGACAUUUUUAUACACCAGAAAUCCAACCCCGACGAGGUGGUGGAGUGGCUGGAGGCGAAGGGGUUCUCGGAGACGGCGCAGAGGAAGAUGCGCAUGCCUGGCCACCAGCUGUUCGCGCUGGGCCGCGCGCACUUGGAGCGGGCGCUGGGCCCCGACGAGGGCAAGCGCCUCUACAGCCAGGUGCUGGUGCAGCGCAACGUCUCCGGGUACAAGACUACGUCCGCUUCGGAGCUGCAGAGCAUCCUGCGCAAGGUGCGGGAGAAGGUGGAGGUGACG